ACCAGACGGGACCGCAGGAGAAGGGUCUGGCUCAUUGAGGCCACCCAGCACCAUACUAGCCGUCCUGUCAACUACAGCGUCUACAACAAGAGCCGAGUUGCCUCGCAGGACUCAGGUUCAUACCAACAGCUCAUCGGACUGGCGAGCGGGUGUUCAUCAGAUAGUACCUUUCUCGAGCGAUUCAGAAACAGAACGACCUCACCCCGUCCCUCCAAACUCGCCGGAGAUCACUGUGCAACGGGGUUUGCCAGGUACCAGGCAGAUGCACCGCAGCAGCACCAUGCGGCUGCACAAUGAACGGCACAUCCGCAUCAUGAGCCCCCCGGUGGACUCGGUCCGGUUCGAGUGUGCCAGCAGCAUCCCUCGCGAGGAGAAUGGCUUCGUCCACUCGGGCAACUCCUCCACCCUGGGGCCAGGGCUGGACAGUGACUUCGGGGCCAGUGCAGGCAUCUCCCUGCGCAUCCUGUCCUCAGACAGUGAGAGCUGCUCCAGUGUUCUCUGGGCCUCCGGGCUGGAAUGGGAUUACUAUGACCCCGGAUACAAUAGACGGAAGCAGAUGCGCAAACACAUGGAACAACUGCCGGUGCUCUGCUCCAGACAGUACUGGGUUUAACCGCUGUGUUAAUAGAACACUCUCAUCCUGCACUGCACUGAACACUGGGUGAAUGCACAGUGGAGAGCAGCGAUCCUGCAUCUCGCACACACGCGCACCCACACACACACACACACGCUGGACCUCUAGGGUUCCCUACAGCUGGGAUGGAGACUCGACACACAGUCGGAUUGUCCUAUUGAUCAAAGUGUCACCUGCAUCAUCUUUCUGUCGAGAUCUUAAUCACUUAUUCAGAAGCUAAAUACAAAAAAAAAAAAUCACAGUUACUUUUUUUGGUUUGUUUUUUGAAUUUUAGAUUUUUUUUUUUUUUUUUUUACAGGAGUACACCCCAGAAAAAAAAGAUAAAAUAUCACGAAAAUUAAUGGCAAAAAAAUUGUAAUGUACACUAAUUGGCCACACACAAUCUAUUUGUGGUUCAUUCACUUUUUUUCAUUGUUCAGUUCUCAAAUUAUGUUUUUUUUUGUUUUUUGUUUUUUUAAGAUAUACACACACACAGAAAAUACAUAAAAAAAAAUAAUAGUUCACUUAAAAUGUCUAAAGAAAAUAUAUUUGUAAUGCACACGAAUGAUCCAUACAAAAUGUGUUUGUAGUUUAUAAUUUUAAAUUAUUUCACCUCUGGAAAAGGACAGAUAUUAAAUUCACUGUUUUUUUUUUAAUGGAUGUAUUUUGUAGUGAACGCUUCGCUUCAGAGGGGUUUAAUUUGGUGCUCCCUCACUCAGGUAAUUUUUUUGUUUGUCUUCCCACCCCCUCCCCCCCAUUCUGAUUAAGAAAAUUCUUUGGUCUGAGGUGUUUUCUUAUUAAUAAAUGCACUUUUUGCACUACUGGUGUUGUUUUGGCACUCAUAAUACGAAAAAAAAAAAAGUACAAAAAAAACCAGCGCAGCAUGUAAUCCAGUUAUUUGUAAAUAUGUAUUUUAAAGAGUAUAUUUUAAUUACCGGUAUAUGUAAUAAUGUAUAAUCAGAAUAAAAAAGAUUUGUUUUAUCAUAUAAAUAAA